UAGGAACGCCGCGUGCGUGCACGUGCGAGCACGCGCGUGCAUGCUUGGCAGUCUCUUACACAAGCUUUCCCCGUUCAGAGGCGACGCGAUGUCCGACACUGCUGCUACACGAAACACGGGAGAGCCGGGAUUAAACGGCUCGUGGGUGGAGCUGGAGUUAGCCGGUAAUUCAUCGCUGACGUCACAGGGCGCCGCCCAGGGCACGCCCAGUCUGGCCCAGGUUGUGGAAGAGGAUGACGUGAUCGGCGGAGGGCUGGAACACGUGCCUUCUUCUUCCUCCAUCCACAACGGAGACAUGGAGAAGAUCCUGCUGGACGCACAGCACGAGUCCAGCCGUAGCAACUCCUCCUGUGACAGCCCACCGCGACCCCGCAGUCCACAGGAUGAAGGUCAGAUCAGCUUUGACGUGGACAGAGGAGAAAACCAGGAGGCACUGGAGAAGUUGAGGGAUGAUGAAAUUCUAAUGAAGGACUCGGACUGGGUGGCCGACUGGUCCAGCAGACCUGAGAACGUUCCUCCAAAGGAAUUCCAUUUCCGGCACCCUCGCAGGACCGUGACGCUCAGCAUGCGGAAAACUGGAGCUAUGAAGAAAGGAGGGAUCUUCUCUGCCGAGUUCCUCCGAGUGUUCCUCCCCUCACUGCUGCUUUCACACUUACUGGUCCUGGGACUCGGGGUGUAUAUCGGGAAGAGGUUGACCACGCCCCCUGCCAGCUCCUUUUAAGAGUGGGAUGUUGAAUCAGCACUCAGCCGUGACUCGUUUUUGGAUCGUUGAGAAUUUUGCAGUUUGUACCAGAACCCUAGCCUCCUCCUCACCCCAUAAUCCCCCCUUUUUUCCCCUCAUCCAUCUCUCCCCUUUUAUAUAUUUUAUUACAAUCCAUUUCUGCAUUGCUCGCACGUUCUGCUCGGCCUGGAUAGUGCCAUAAGUGACCAGGAGACGGAUAAAACCCCACCCACCCCCACCCCCUCUGUUCUGUACUCAUGUCCUGGAUGAUCACCGUUAUGUGUUUCAGUCUUGUGAGGGUGGACAAAAAGGUGGCAGAGUUUAAAGCAAACCUCGUGACAGACGUCAGAUUCUUGGGGAUCGAUGAUAUGAUUCCAGAAAUAUUCUAAAAAAAAAAUAAAAUUAAAUAAAAAAUAAGUAAAUAAAAAAAACGGCUUAAUUAACAUAAAAAAUCCCUUUAUAGCUUAUUGACAUAUUUUGGAUUUAUUCCAGCAUUUUAAUUUAUUUCUUCUUUAACGUAACAUUUUCCGGACUCCUUUUUACAGCGCCGUGAUUAAAACAAUGCCUUUUUUUCCUUUUUUUUUUUCUUAUUAUAAUAUGCGCAUUUAUACAUACACGCUAAGCCAGGACUUGUGCUAAUGAACAUUUUUUAUUCAUUAUCAGCAUCAAAAUUAGCAACAAAAAUUUUUUCCCAGAUUGAUUUAUUGGUGGAAUUUUUUUAAAGAAUGUAUUCCUGAGGCGAAGAUCCAGCAACACUAAUGAGAACCGAAUUAUCAGGAUUCAACACCACCAGGGGGCGCCAAAGUGCCGCUAGAAUAAAACCUGCAUUUCAAUUAUAACGUGAAUUUAUUAUUAUUAUUAUUAUUAUUUAUUUUUCAUUUUACCCCAAAUAAACAUGGUACAUGUGUGUAAGACCCAAAACUUUCCAGCGUAGGCGAGACCUGUUACAUGUGAAGUGUGUGAAUGUUGUUGAUGUAUUUAAAUUUGCGAGACUGCAGAUCGCUGUGAGGAUGAAGUGAGCGGAAAAAAGAUGGUCGUUUGUCUACUUUCUUGUGUUUGUGUCGCUUCAAUGUUAUCUGUUUGUUUUUCGUUAUCGGUCAUUUCUUUUGCUCCUUAUAAAUUUUAAAUAUUGCGAGUUGUCCCAAAAAACCAAACAAAAAUAGCUUUUAAACUAGAAGCUAAUCUGUAAAUGCCAUCGAUCAGUUCCUUCACAUUAAAGAUUAUAUUCUGAGA